UAUAUAUAAUAAUAAUAUCGAUUGACUCUCUCUCUCAAACUUUGUGUGUUUUUGUCAGCCAUUAGUUGACAGACUAUAUGACUAUAAUAUAAACGCUUAAACACAGAGUCAUAGCUAUAGCUCAACACAAUUCACAAUCAGCUGUAAAGCAGUGAAUAAUAAUAAUAUAUAUUAUAUACGAAUAGUUUGUUUGAAAUAUUCAGACAAAACAUAACCAAACAAUUGAUUUGAUUAACAAAUCAAUUGUAAUAAUUGUUUGAUUUGUUUGGUGGCUAACAAACUGAUCCAAUUUGUAUGUGUCGAUCACCAAUUGGCGUCACUAUUAUCAUCGUCACCACCAACGGGACUAACGAUGAACGAAGUAGUACUCGACUCAGAGGCACACCAUUCAGUGCCAUCGAUGGCCAAUCAUAAGACAAACGAAUCGCUCGCCAAUCACUGCAAGAAUACAGUUCUUCAUCCAUUUGAUCAUCAGGUGGGCGGACACACACAACUUAUGCUUCUUGACAAGAGUACACUCUGCAAGCCAUUAGUUCCCAAAGAGUUAUCAUUUUAUUUAAACAUUCCUCAAGAACUCAAAGGAUUUGUUCCCAAAUAUAAAGGUGUGGUUGAAGUCCAUCAGCCCGAUGGCUGUCCAAUACUAUACCAUCCAAUACGUGGCUCACAAUUGGUUGAGACGAUGACCACUGACGAUAUGGCCGACGAGUCGGAGGCAAACACACAUUCAGAGUUAAAGGUUCAGAUCUGUAGUUGUAAUGAUAGACGACUAUUGCAGAAGGAUUUGAACCAAACUCAAGGCCGACCAGAAAACCAUCAGAGCUAUAGCUCUCGUCCGAGUCAAAGAUAUUUUAUGCUUUUGGAAAACAUUACAACUCAUUAUCAUUUGCCGUGUAUUUUGGACCUAAAGAUGGGUACCCGACAACACGGUGACGAUGCCAGCGAUGAGAAGCGUCACCGACAAAUGGCCAAAUGUGCGGCCAGUACUUCGGCCAGUCUCGGUUUUCGGUUGUGUGGAAUGCAAGUAUAUCAACACAAUCUCGAUUCUUACUCAUUAUAUCAAUGCGAUAAAUAUUAUGGACGUAAAAUCAAUAGCGAAAUAGGCAUUAAAAGGGAACUGGAGGUCUACUUCAAAGGACGCACUCAUUUGAUCUCAAAUGUAAUAAAACGUCUGAAAGAGUUGCGAUCCAUUAUCGACGACUUGCGGUCGACUCUUCGCUUUUUUUCCACAUCACUGCUCAUUGUUAGCGAAGGUUGUGUUGGCCGACGGAGUGCUUCACUCACUAGAAAGAGGUCUCAUUUUAGCAGUGGUGAAGACGACGACUCAUCGAUGGACAGUUUGGACAGUAGUAUUGAAUUGCGUUGUGGAAAGUAUACAAAAGAUGCACGAAAUCGGCGCCAACAAUAUGUUUGCCAAAGUGAUCACUCGAGCCGUCAGUUUUCUAACCAAAGAGUUGACAUACGAAUGAUUGAUUUCGCCCACACCUCCUUCUCAAGUCAGUCAUCUACUGAUGGAUUUAUUGUUGGUCUCGACAAUUUGAUUCGCUUAUUAAACCAAAUACGAGAACCCGAUCUCCGCAGUUGCGAAGAGGCCACCGAAGACAGCGAUGACGGCAAUGACAUUGCUAUGACGUAAGCCAACAAAAUUGUUGUUAGGCUUUGUUAAACAUAUACCGCAAAUUGAGUACAAAACUAAACGAUUUAUUUGAUUGAUUUUUUUUAAAAAACAGUAUUUGACAAAAAAUAAUAAUAAUACCAAAAAAAUGAGAUGAAAACAAUCAAAUAUAAACACACACAUAUAUAUAUUUAUAUAUAUAUAGAUAGAUAGAKAGAGAGAGAGAGAGAGAGAGAGAGAGAGAGAGAGAGAGAGUAUAAAUAAUAAACCAAAGCUUAUGUUAAAACUAUAGAAGAAUUUAUGGAUUUUUUAUUCUUGUGCUCUAAUUUUUUGAUGAAAUUCUUUAAAGAAUUCAAUUAUAGGCGAAGACCUAAAAUGAUUUUAGUCACUAUAUAUUUUACUAUUUGAAAAUAAAACGUGAUUUUAACAAACAAUAUAAACAACUAUAUAUUUAGUUUAAAAACAAAUAUAGAUCAUAAAUAAAACUACCGGUAAAUUAACAUUAAUGACAACAAUAGUAAUUAUACGAAUUAUUUCUGUUGUUUUAUAUAAAACAUAUAUAAAUAAAUGAAUCAUUGAUUUGGAAACUAAAAUAAAUUUUAUGGUAGGAUU